AUGUCUGAAAGAAAAGUGAUCAAUAAGUACUACCCUCCAGAUUAUGAUCCCUUGAAGGAGGAGAAAGUGAAAAGGGUGCGAAAGCCCGGUCCCGCAGGAUGGCCGACUGUGCGAUUGAUGAUACCAUUUUCCAUGAAAUGUCUGAACUGUGGUGAAUAUAUUGGAAAAUCAAAAAAAUUCAACGCUAAAAAAGAGAGCACUAGGGAAGACUACUUAGGGAUUCGCAUUUUCAAUUUCCAUUUCCGAUGUCCACAGUGCUUCUCCGAUCUGGUCUUUCGAACUGACCCCAAAAAUGGAGAUUUUGAGUGUGUCUCAGGCUGUAGACGAAAUUACGAGCGAAAAGAGGGCAAAAUCGCAGCAGAUGAAACCAUGGACGAUAUUGUGAAACGACUAGAAGAAGAAGAGUACAGGGAAAUGUUGGCGAAGGAAGGAAAAAAAGAGAACGAAGAAACCGCUAUGGAACAGCUUGAGAGACGACUUAAUGAACAACAGAAGGAGCAGGAGGCGACGGAGGAGAUCGAGGAACUUCAAGAGAGACACCGACGUCUUGAAAAGGCUAAGCCUAGAAUUCUGGAGGAUCAAGAGUUGCUGGAUGAAAAAGAGGCAAAGCUGGCUUUCAAAGCAAAGUCGCAAUCCAACUCGCUGACGGUGAAUCCCACACCGGAGGGCAAUCAGAUUUCGCUGCUAUCAGGUUAUUCGUCGUCGGACGACGAGACAGUUACGAUAAAACGAAAGAAAACAUCUUUGGGAAUACGGAAAAAAGUCAAGGUGUAG